AUGGGUGUUAACCAUCUGGAAUGCUGGUGUAUUAAAUUGAAGGUGGUUGAUGAGAAGAAACCAAUUCCCAAGAAUGGAGCCAAGAAAGCCUUAAAGAAAACAUCAGCAAAGGGCUGCAAGAGGCAGCGAAGGUCGAGGAAGGAGGGUUACUCCAUCUACACCUACAAAGUGAUGAAGCAAGUUCACCCCUACACCUGCAUCUCCUCCAAGGCCAUAAGCAUCAUGAACUCAAUCACGAACAAUAUUUUCGAGCACAUCGCGCGUGAGGCUUCCUGCCUGGCCCAUUACAACAAGCGCAGCACCAUCAGCUCCCAGGAGAUCCAGACCGCUGUGUGCCUGCUGCUGUCCGGGGAACUGGCCAAGCACGCCGUGUUGACAGGGACAAAGGCGGUGACCAAGUACACCAGCUCCAAGUAUGGAGAUUUUCCCCAUUAUCAUAAAGCUCAAGAGUUUUUAUAA